AUGCCAAUGCAUACAAACAUACCCAUCAAAGGCCUCAUCAAUAAGGAUAUUAAUAUCCUCGCACCCUCCCCCUGUCCUACUAUCACACCCUUGCUCCCCAAGCACCAUUCUGAGCGCCCCUGUGGACUCUUUAGCACCCGUUCACCGCCUCUGACUCAGCAACACACUUCCGCACCACCGCCCGAGUUUCCCCACCCUGGCCUUGACCCUCAGCCAACAUCAUACAGAAUGCAUACCCCCAAGUCCCAAAGACAGCACCAGACCCCUCCUACGCAGUUCCUGCCCCCUCCACCUCAAUCACAGCCACGAUUCAGGACAGCCUCGCAGCCACAACCACCGCCUCAAUCAGCACCUCCCUCCAUUCCACACCCAUCUCCAGCAUAUACCACUUGCCCGCCUUCAGGUCCAUUAACUUCACCCCUCUUGCCACCUCAGCCCUCCACACCUCAACCCCUGCCCCCCUCCUUGCAAUGUCCCUCUUGCAUUUACUAA